AUGGGUGACAUGACAAAUAGCGAUUUUUAUUCCAAGAACCAAAGAAAUGAGGCCAACCAUGCAGGAGAGUUUGGGUGCACGCUGCAAGAACUGCGCUCCCUCAUGGAACUUCGAGGAACAGAAGCAGUAGUAAAAAUUAAAGAGACGUAUGGGGAGACAGAGGGGCUCUGCAGACACCUGAAGACAUCACCAACAGAAGGACUAGCUGGGACUGCUGCAGACCUAGAAAAAAGAAAGCUUAUAUUUGGAAAAAAUUUUAUACCUCCAAAGAAGCCAAAAACAUUCAUACAGCUAGUCUGGGAAGCGUUGCAGGACGUGACUCUUAUAAUCUUGGAAAUUGCAGCCAUCAUAUCUUUGGGGCUUUCAUUUUAUCAGCCACCUGGAGAAGGGAAUGAAGGAUGUGGUACCGCGACAGGAGGAGCUGAAGAUGAAGGUGAGGCUGAAGCUGGCUGGAUUGAAGGUGCUGCCAUCCUACUCUCUGUUAUCUGUGUUGUCCUUGUCACUGCCUUCAAUGACUGGAGCAAGGAGAAGCAGUUUCGUGGGCUUCAAAGUCGUAUUGAGCAGGAACAGAAAUUUACUGUUGUCCGAGGUGGACAGGUUAUCCAGAUCCCAGUGGCAGAGAUAGUAGUUGGUGACAUUGCACAGGUGAAAUAUGGUGAUCUUCUACCUGCCGAUGGGAUAUUUAUUCAAGGAAAUGAUCUUAAAAUUGAUGAAAGCUCUUUAACUGGAGAGUCUGACCAAGUCCGCAAAUCUGUUGACAAGGACCCAAUGCUACUGUCAGGUACUCAUGUCAUGGAAGGCUCUGGACGGAUGCUUGUAACUGCUGUGGGAGUGAAUUCACAGACAGGCAUCAUCUUUACUCUGCUAGGAGCUGGAGGAGAAGAAGAAGAAAAGAAAGAUAAGAAAGGUGUGAAACAGGAGGAUGGACAUCAGCUUCCAGUAGAUUCUUCCCAUCCCUCCUCCCACCCUCCUUCAGCUACAGAUGGUGCAGCAGGUGCAAAUGCCACAGAUAAUGCAAAUGCCAGCUUAGUCAAUGGCAAAAUGCAGGAUGGGAAUAUGGAGAACAGCCAGAACAAAGCCAAGCAGCAGGAUGGGGCUGCUGCCAUGGAGAUGCAGCCACUGAAGAGUGCAGAAGGGGGAGAGGGAGAUGACAAGGACAAGAAGAAAUCCAACAUGCACAAGAAGGAAAAAUCUGUUCUUCAGGGAAAGCUGACCAAGCUGGCAGUCCAAAUUGGCAAAGCAGGUUUGGUGAUGUCUGCUAUCACUGUAAUAAUUUUGGUACUAUAUUUUGCCAUCGACACCUUUGUGGUCAACAAGAAACAGUGGGUGCCUGAGUGCACUCCUAUCUAUGUUCAGUAUUUUGUGAAAUUCUUCAUUAUUGGUGUUACCGUACUUGUGGUUGCUGUUCCUGAGGGACUUCCACUUGCUGUCACUAUUUCUCUGGCUUAUUCUGUAAAGAAAAUGAUGAAGGACAACAAUCUGGUCCGCCACUUAGAUGCUUGUGAAACAAUGGGAAAUGCUACAGCCAUCUGCUCUGACAAAACAGGGACACUCACCACCAACAGGAUGACAGUCGUCCAGGCCUACGUUGGGGAUGUCCACUACAAAGAGAUCCCUGACCCAGACUCUGUACCUGCCAAAACCCUGGAGUUGCUGGUUAAUGCCAUUGCUAUCAACAGUGCUUAUACUACAAAAAUUCUGCCACCGGAAAAAGAGGGUGGCCUGCCUCGCCAGGUAGGCAACAAAACGGAGUGUGGCCUCUUGGGGUUUGUCCUGGAUUUGAAGCAGGAUUAUGAGCCUGUUCGGAGCCUCAUCCCUGAGGAGAAACUCUAUAAAGUUUAUACGUUCAACUCUGUCAGAAAGUCAAUGAGUACUGUCAUUAAAAUGCCAGAUGGGAGUUUCCGAAUGUACAGCAAAGGAGCUUCUGAAAUCGUUCUGAAGAAAUGUUCUAGGAUCCUUAAUGCAGCUGGUGAACCUCGUGUCUUCAGACCACGUGACCGAGAUGAAAUGGUGAAGAAAGUGAUAGAACCCAUGGCCUGUGAUGGCCUGAGAACCAUCUGUGUUGCCUUCCGAGACUUCAGCAGCAGCCCAGAGCCUGACUGGGACAAUGAGAAUGACAUUUUAUCUGACCUGACUUGCAUCUGUGUUGUUGGCAUUGAAGACCCAGUAAGGCCAGAGGUCCCAGAAGCCAUAAGAAAGUGCCAGCGAGCUGGAAUUACAGUCCGCAUGGUCACUGGAGACAACAUCAACACAGCACGUGCCAUUGCCAUAAAGUGUGGGAUCAUUCAUCCAGGAGAAGACUUCCUCAUUGAGCAAGAGAGGAUUGACAAAAUCUGGCCAAAGCUUCGAGUGCUCGCCCGCUCAUCGCCCACCGACAAGCACACCUUGGUGAAAGGUAUUAUUGACAGCACACAGGUGGAACAGAGGCAGGUCGUGGCUGUGACUGGUGAUGGCACCAAUGAUGGACCAGCACUUAAAAAAGCUGAUGUUGGCUUUGCAAUGGGUAUUGCUGGAACUGAUGUUGCAAAGGAAGCCUCAGAUAUCAUCCUUACAGAUGACAACUUCAGCAGCAUUGUGAAGGCUGUCAUGUGGGGCAGGAAUGUCUAUGACAGUAUCUCCAAGUUCCUGCAGUUCCAGCUCACUGUUAACAUUGUGGCUGUGAUUGUGGCUUUCACUGGAGCAUGCAUCACCCAGGACUCUCCUCUAAAAGCUGUACAGAUGUUGUGGGUCAACCUCAUUAUGGACACCUUUGCCUCCCUUGCUUUGGCCACUGAGCCCCCAACAGAGGCUCUGCUGCUAAGGAAGCCAUAUGGCAGGAACAAGCCCCUCAUCUCCCGUACCAUGAUGAAGAACAUUCUGGGCCAUGCUGUUUAUCAGCUUACUCUUAUCUUCACACUCCUUUUUGUUGGUGAGAAAAUGUUUAAGAUUGACAGUGGGAGGAAUGCUCCACUUCACUCUCCUCCUUCAGAGCAUUACACCAUUAUCUUCAACACCUUUGUCAUGAUGCAGCUUUUCAAUGAAAUCAACGCACGGAAAAUCCAUGGUGAAAGAAAUGUCUUUGAUGGCAUCUUCAGAAAUCCAAUUUUUUGCACUAUUGUACUGGGUACCUUUGCUAUUCAGAUAGUAAUUGUCCAGUUUGGAGGAAAACCAUUUAGCUGUUCCCCCCUGCAGCUUGACCAGUGGAUGUGGUGUGUAUUUAUCGGAUUAGGAGAACUUGUGUGGGGUCAGGUCAUUGCAACCAUCCCAACAAGUAGGCUAAAGUUUUUAAAGGAGGCAGGGAGGCUCACUGAGAAAGAGGAGGCCCCUGAGGAAGAACUCAAUGAAGAUGUGGAAGAAAUUGAUCAUGCAGAGAGAGAACUUCGACGUGGACAAAUUCUCUGGUUCAGAGGGCUCAACAGAAUCCAGACCCAGAUCCGCGUCGUGAAGGCAUUCCGUAGCUCUCUCUAUGAAGGUUUAGAAAAACCAGAAUCUAGAACCUCUAUUCACAACUUUAUGACUCAUCCUGAAUUUAGGAUAGAAGAUUCCCAGCCCCACAUCCCACUCAUUGAUGACACAGACCUAGAAGAAGACUCUGCUCUCAAGAAAAACUCGAGUCCACCGUCUUCGCUGAACAAGAACAACAGUGCUAUCGACAGUGGAAUCAAUCUUACAACUGAUACAAGUAAAUCAGCUACCUCUUCUAGUCCAGGAAGCCCAAUACAUAGCCUGGAGACAUCACUUUAG